AUGGUUGUGGGGGAGUAUUUGUGCUCUCACAAAAGGAGAGGUUUAGGGUUUGUGUAUUGGAUAGUCUUCUCUUUGUGGUUUGGGUUCGUGGUUCUGCUGCGUCCUGUGGUGGGGCUGAGGCCCUUGAGGGAACAGAGACGAUCAUGGGGCGAUGAGUGGCUAUUUGUUAGGAAAGAAGAAAGUGACCUGGGCCCAUUUUCUGCAUGGAACAUUACAGGAACUUACCGAGGGUCUUGGAAGUUCCUUGAUUCUGCAAAUAGCUCUUCCAGGUUUCCAGAUUUCAGGAAGUCCAAUGGUGAUUCUGUAAUUGAGUUGGUCAGCACACAGACCAAAAUUACUGGUGUUCACUAUGUCCAGGGUGUAAUUAUUUUCCAUGAUGUGUUUGACAAUGAACACAAUGUUGGAGGGGCUCAAAUCAGGGUGGAAGGUGUUUAUAUAUGGCCAUUUAGACAGCUUCGGAUGGUGGCUAACAGUAGAAAAGAAGGGGUAUUAGCCCAGGAAGACGAUUACAUCCUGUCUAAUCCGUAUCAUCUGCUUGGAGUUUUCUCAUCUCAGGUGUUCCAAGACUCUCCAAAAGAAAAGAUAUGGAGAAGCAAAACUUCACCAAUUAACGAGAUGGAGAAACAUUGCAAUAUUGAAAUUGCUGCCCAAGUUACACGAGUCUCAACCAACCAAAAUGAUGGAGAGCAUGACCGUUAUCACUUGGAAGGAUUGAUGGAGAGUCCUGCUGUGGAUGAUGACGGGGAAUGCUUCUCUCCCUUGCUGCUAAAUGCCACUUCCGUGAAUAUUGAGGUGUACUACAAUAAAGCAGUGAACUACACCUUGAUGGUCACUUUUGUUUCUUUUCUUCAAGUGCUUUUGUUGAUACGACAGAUGGAACAUAGUAACACACAGUCGGGAGCUGCCAAAGUUUCAAUUUUGAUGAUUGGGCAGCAGGCCAUCAUGGAUGCUUAUCUUUGCCUUUUACACCUGACUGCCGGGAUUUUAGUUGAAUCCUUGUUCAAUGCUUUUGCUACUGCUGCAUUUUUCAAGUUUGUGGUCUUUUCAAUUUUCGAAAUGCGAUACCUUCUAGCCAUAUGGAAGGCAAGCAGGCCUGCUAGUAGUGGUGAAGGUUGGGAAACAAUGAGGCGUGAGCUUUCAGUAUUAUAUAGUCGGUUUUAUGGGAUUCUUCUGGGAGGCAUUCUGCUUAUGUACGAGUUCCACAAUUUCCUGAGGCCACUUCUCCUCCUAAUGUACUCGUUUUGGAUACCUCAAAUAGUUACCAACGUUAUUCGCGACUCUAGAAAGCCAUUGCAUCCUUAUUACAUCUUAGGCAUGACGGUUACUCGGCUAGCAAUCCCAUUGUAUAUAUUCGGAUGCCCUAAUAACUUCAUGAGGAUCGAACCAGACAAGACUUGGUGCACAUAUCUGGUUAUAUUUGUUACCCUGCAGGCAUCAGUUCUGCUUCUUCAACACUAUCUAGGAUCCAGAUGGUUCAUUCCUCGCCAGAUUCUACCUGAGAGAUAUAGCUACUACAGGAAAUUCGAUCAGGAAGAAAAUCACGCGACGGAUUGUGUGAUUUGCAUGACCGGGAUUAAUAUGAUGCAACGUCCCAGUGAUUGCAUGGUAACGCCUUGCGACCAUUUCUUUCACUCGGGUUGUCUACAGAGAUGGAUGGACAUUAAGAUGGAAUGUCCAACUUGCCGGCGCCCACUGCCACCAGCCUAG